AUGGAAUCUACCGACGCUUUGCUCCCACAAGCUUUGGAGCGCAUCAGAGAACCUGGUGAUGAUGCAAUGCCAACUCUUCUCUCAAUUAUUCUUGGUAUUGUUGGAGUUACUCUUUUAUUAGUUCUUGUUUUACCACUCUUCGGUGGUACCGUUGCUUUUGACGGUGAACAAUGGGCAUACAUUUUCGCUGCUAUUGAUCCAUAUAUUUUCUCUGCUGUUGGUACUGGAUGUGUUAUUGGUCUUUCUGUUAUUGGUGCUGGUUGGGGUAUCACUAUUGCUGGUGCUUCUAUUAUGGGUGCCUGUGUUAGAGCCCCUCGUAUCAAGACUAAGAACCUCAUCAGUAUUAUUUUCUGUGAAGCUGUUGCUAUCUACGGUAUUAUUAUGGCUAUUGUCCUUUCAACACAAACCAAAUGGUUCAUGGAUGAUAAGGAUUCCUCAAAGGUUACUCCUUGGCCAAUUCUUGUUGGUUCAUGUUAUUCCUUGUUUGCUGCUGGUCUCACUGUUGGUUUAGGUAACAUGGCCUGUGGUGCUUGUGUUGGUAUUGUUGGUAGUGGUUGUGCUAUUGCUGAUGCUGCUGAACCAUCAUUGUUCGUCAAGAUUUUGGUUGUCGAAAUUUUCGCUUCUGCUUUAGGUAUUUUUGCUAUCAUUGUUGGUAUUGUUGUGGCAUCUGGUAAGUUGAAUAAUGUUGAAUGGUUUUUUCUAAUGUUUAAUUUUUAG